AUGGAACCUCGUGAAUCCCACAUGCUUGAUGAACAGUGCGAAUUUCCCCGAACGGCAACGCCGGACACAGUGAUUGAAGACACGACUGCGUUCUUCGAAGAUGUCCAGGUGGAUGAAGGUGAACAUGUUUCAGAUGCCGUCAAGAGCGAUGGAAUCCGAUUUAGUGACGACGCAUAUCCUGUUGUGAGUCCACAGAUGACGGAGAACGUUACUCUUCCUGUUGAUUUGAAUCCGCCUUUUCGAAGCGACUUCGAUGAAGUGAUGUUGAUGUUCUUUUAUGUUUUCAUGGAUAUUGAUUCAAUUUUAUUUCUUUCAAAGUUUUUUUCUCGAAAAUAUGUGUCGCAGACAGAGCUUGAAGAUGCCAUCGAGAUCUCACGCGGGUUCGUUCCCGAUGCCCUAUCAGCAAAGGAUGGGAUAAAGCAUGAAGUUCGACCCUCAUGCGGUUAUGACCAUGAAAAGCGCUCAGAAGAGUGCAAAAAAGUCGUACAAUUUUUGAACAACCUCAAGGAGAACCCUGAAUGGGCACGCUCCAUUCCCUUCGUGAAGUUAAACGCUGCUGUACCUAAAAAUGUUCAGAUGGAUUUAGCAACUUAUGCCUGUUUAAAUGUUAAUGUCCGUCCAAAGUAUAUGGUGAUGUUGACAAAGAAUGUAGACCACAAUGAUCUCGCAUUCUUAAUCAAGAAAGCUUUUGAACCGGCCGAUGACAUUCCUCUAGACAGGACGCUUUUCCGCUUGUACUGCAGAAAUGCUGUGUCGGGCAUGAGAUCACUGUUGAAGUGUCUAUUGGAAGCAGCGAGUUCAUCACCCGUUCUGCAAAUUGAAAAUUCGAAAAUUCUUGGGGAAAUGACGUACAACGGAUCGAGACUACGCAUGAAGACAUCCGAUCUGAAAGCUUUUUGUAAAGUUGAAGAGCACGGAAGGGCUCUGGGAAUGCGGUUCGUCACUUCUUUUUCUUGUCGUUCUUCAACCGACCGCAGGCGCACAUUAGAGAUUCGCUAUUACGACGAACAGAAAGCAAAUGGUGAACGUGUAACGUAUCUACAUCUGGAUCACGAGGCCACUAAUCGCCAAGGCAUAGCGUUUGGUGAUGAUCAGAGUGAGAUUUUUUUUGAUGUAGAUACAGAAGUGAUCGCUUUUACAGAGCUAUCUCUGGAGAAGGGGCCUAAAACUAAUCGAGAGAAAGUGACACAGAUCAUGUUUGAGAGUUUCAAUACGCUCGGUAUGUACAUAGCUAUCCAAGCUCUGCCGUCGUUACCCGCUUCCGGGCGUACUACUGGAGUAUACGCUGUAGCCCAUGAUGUCUUCCGUCUCGACCUUACGUAUCUAACUGACUACAUGAUGAUUCUUGGUGAACAAAGCUACUGGUUCAGCACCACUGCAGAGCGCGAAAUUGUCCGCAAACUUAAAGAAAAGUUGUGUUGGACUGCUUUAGAUUUUGAAAAGGAAAUGGCCAUAGUUGCCUCACCGCCCUCUAUCCACACCACGUUUGAGCUUCCUGAUGGCAAAUUAAUUUUCGUUGGACCUGAGCGUUUCCGUUGCCUUAAAACUUUCCCAGAUCUGUACAUUAGAAUGUGCUUCUUUCAUUCCUUUGAAAAACCGUCACUACUCGGGUUGGAAGCGGCUGGAAUCCAUGAGGCCGCGUUUAACUCGAUGAUAAAGCGCAUUAUUGAUAUCCGAAAAGAUCUGUGGGCCAACACUAUCUUGACAGAAGGAAAGACCUUGUAUGCCGGCCUUGCUCAACGUAUGGACCAAUAA